GGUUCGUAACGUCUCUCCAGGGAGGAGUGAUGUGUACGUGAUGUGGCUCUGCGAGCUUCCUGUCUACUGAGAACCGAGAGAAAGAUCCAAAUCUACCGUUACUGGAGUUCACCGAGUGUCCUGUCCCCAGAGUCGGACGGUUAAACCCCCACAGAUCGACACAUCAUGGCGGUGAACCUGAGCAAAAACGGCCCGGCUCUUACCGCGGCCUAUAACGAGGUUGUGGAUGAGAAGUCUGAGACUAACUGGGCUCUCUUCACCUAUGAGGGAAACACAAAUGACAUCCGGCUGGCGGAGAAAGGAGAUGGUGGUCUGGAGGAGUUGUUCGAGGAGCUGAACAGUGGAAAGGUCAUGUAUGCUUUCUGCCGAGUUAAAGACCCCAACUCUGGCCUUCCCAAAUACGUCCUCAUCAACUGGACCGGUGAGGGCGUUAAAGACGCCAGAAAAGGCCAGUGUGCGAACCAUGUGAGCUCCAUGGCUAACUUUCUUAAGGGAGCUCACGUGACGAUAAACGCACGAGCGGAGGAGGACGCGGAGCCUGACGCCAUCAUGCAGAAAGUGGCUAAAGCCUCAGGAGCCAACUACAGCUUUCACAAAGAGACCAAUCGCUUCAGAGACGCCGGGCCGCAGGGGCCUGUGGGAUCUGUUUACCAGAAGACUAACGCCAUGUCUGAAAUCAAGAGAACCAACAAAGACACGUUCUGGGCCCAAGCAGAGAAAGACGAGGAGAAGCGUCUCCAGGAGGAGAGGAGAAGGGCAUCGGAGGAGAGGCAGCGGCUGGAAAAAGAAAGGAAGGACCGAGAGGUGAAGGAGGCCGAGUUACGGGACAAGAAAGCCAAAGAGAGAGCGUCAGAGAUCGAUGAAGUCAGAAAGUACCAACAGAAGCAGGACGUGGACAAUCAAGGCCAGCAGAAACAGCAGUGGGAGGAGGAGGAGAAGCAGCAGAAACCCUUUAAACGUGGAGAGUCGGUGGAAAAAGCCAAUGAAGCUGCGUCUCUCGUUUCCCAGCGCUCCGUUAAUCCCAGAGAAAUGUUCAAACAGAGAGAAAUGGGAAUCAACACUUCUAACAAAGACAACUCUCAACUCAGUCCAAAACCAGGGCGGUUGAACAGCCCUUUUCUGUCCAAGCAGUCAUGUGACCCAGAGCCAUUUCGCUCUCCUGUGCGUCAGGCUUCACCUUUACAAGCCAGAGAGGCCAGCUUUGAGGAACAACCCAGAUCUCAGUAUGUGGAGCCAGAGGCAGAACCUGAGCCAGAGUAUGAAGAUGUACAAGCGGUCAGUGAUAAUUAUGAAGAGCCUGUAGAACAAAAGCAGCCACAAUAUGAAGCAGUAGUGGAACCAGAUGCUAUCUAUGAGGAACCACCACAGGUGGAGGAGUCGAACACGAUGUACGAGGUGGCAGAAGAUCGUGGGGUCUGCGCCAGGGCUCUGUACGACUACCAAGCCGCUGAUGACACGGAGAUCUCGUUUGACCCGGAUGACAUCAUCACUGGCAUCGAGAUGAUCGAUGAAGGCUGGUGGCGAGGAUACAGUCCGGACGGACAUUUCGGGAUGUUCCCAGCAAAUUACGUUGAACUUAUCUAGCGCCGCUCAAUGUAUCCCCCUCAUCGGAGUCGCAUUGCAGAUCGGCGGCCCUCGAGGAGCCAAACGGGUCCCGUAUAUCUGAUUCGAAAGACUAAAACUAAAAUCGUGGACCAAAAGGGUGAAGAUCACGAGACCAGGGAGGGGGGUAUUUAAGCUGAGAUUGAUAUUUCAUACUGUAUUGGUAGAAGUGUCUUGUUCAUUUUAUUUCAAUUCAAGCCGUUAUAAUUUUAUAAAAACAAUACUCUGUCACGUAUGCCCGAAAAAGCGACCACUUUAAAUGGCUGUUCGUGCCGGUUUCCUGCAAAUCAAAUUAGUGCUUGUGGUGACAUUCCUGUGACUUGCAAUUAUAUAUUUUUAGAUUUUUUGAAGACAUUCCUUUUGAACAAAGCUAGUGAGUAUAUCGUUCCAGAGAUGUUUGUGGUAGUCAAAACAUAUCGGUCCCGUUUUGCCUUGGUUUCUGCCUUCUCUUCUCCACAAGCCCGAGCGCGACUGCCUUGCUUUCUUCAGGAUCACAGCACAGAUGUUUUGCUGAAAUCAGUACAGGUGAAACUCGGGGGAAAAAAAAGGAAAAUCGUGCAAAAGUUCAGUAAUUCAACUUAAAAGGUGAAACUAUUAUAUUAUAUAGACUAUGCAAAGUGAGAUAUUUUAAGCAUGGCUUAUAGAUAUGAAAACCCCAAAUUCAAAAUUAGAAUAAUGUAAAAAUAUUCUCAUAAUCUGUAAGACAUAAUCAUCAAAAUUAUAACCAAUAAAGGCUUGAAAUAUCUCAUUUUGUCUAUAUAAUAUAUUAGUUUCACCUUUUAAGUUGAAUUGCUGAACUUUUGCACGAUAUUCAAAUUUUUCGAGUUUCGCCUGUAGAUGAAAUUAAUUUAUUUGCUGUGUUCUAUACGGCACAUGAAUAUUGAAUAUUAAGGUUGUUAAUGUAGAUUUAGGUGUACGGUGAGAUAAUGGUGAAUGAUUUAAUGGGACCUCAGCUUUCCUGUCUGCUCAGAAAUGUGGAGAAUAUUAAUACUGUGAUUUUUAGGUUUCAGGGAACCUUCGUUCUUUCAUCAUCUUGUUUUCGGGUCCCAGUUGGUGUUUUAGUUUUUGCCAAGGCUCAAAGAGAAAGUUCACAUCUGAUUUAUUCAGAGUCAGACCACUCAUACACACUUUACUGUCAGUGCUGUGCCAAUGCGAGAGUGUGAGGAGAAGUAUUUUUGAGGAAAUGUUUGAGGUUUCUUUUUUAACAAAAACCUGUGUCAUCUCAGUCAUUGAACGGCGGUGUAGUUCCUCUCGAGAGCUCAUUGUGGAAAUCUAACAAUUCUGGACAACAUUGUAACGUCAAUUAAAAUAAAUAAAUAAAGAGUUUUAAGGCUGAA